AUGAGCAUAUCAUAUAAAAAUCUUCAUAUUUUAAAACCUAUUGUUAUGAACAACACAUCAAAAAACCUCUAUAAAAGUUACAAUGAUUCCGAUUCAAAUAGACCUCAAUUUGUAUUAAAUAUGUCAUUUGAUUUAUGA